AUGCUGAAGAGUACCCUACUCUUAGCUUCGACAGCACUCGUUGCAGCGCAAUCUUCCUCCUCUGAGCCAUGUGCGAGUGUUGCGUCACAGCUCGGAGAAUCGACGAGCACAAGUAUCGACGCACAGGUCGCGUUUGACUGUCUGGAUUCAGUCCCUGUUGACGUCCAAGGAAACUCCCAGCUUAUCGAUGAGUUGAAGCAGCUUUGGCAGUUCCAGUCUGAGCUCGUAUGGCUGAAGAAACCUGGCGACGAUUGGGAAUUUGGAGCUCUGGACAUUGAAGCCGAACUGGACAACGUAAAGAACAACCUUGAUUCUUUCUCCAGUGAAUAUGCGGUUCAACUCGCCAUCCAAAACAUCACUAUCCGGACCGGAAAUUUCCAUUUCAACUACCGGCCUGAUAUACUUCAGGUAUUCUCAUUCUUCAGACAGGCCAACGUUGCCUCUAUUUCCGAGGACGGCAAAGCGCUUCCAAAGCUCUAUUUGGCUGAUGAUGUUGCAAGUGUAGCUGAGGGUAGCUCAGAUGUUUCCGAGAUCACGGAAAUCAAUGGUCAGAACCCGUACGACUUCCUUCAGUCUGUUUCCUGGUCACAGUACAUCGACUCUGAUGGACUACUCAACAACAUGCUGUCAAAGGGAGACACAGAUAACGCUGGCGCGUUUAUGGAGCAAAGGAAAUACGACGGCCCUAGCACCGAUAUCACUUGGGCGAAUGGCUCUACAGCUUCCAUUGCCAACGGAGCUUCUACAGAUCGCAGCUUCGUUGGCAUAACUGAUGGGCAAUCUUUCUUUGAUGCCUUCUGCAUCGGUUCAAGCGACUCACCUUUCUCUGCUAGCACAAAGGGUGUUUCUGACCUCUCCGAUGUCGCUCUUCCAAAACCCAAGCUACCUGCUGCUAUCAACCAUAUCAUUGCACCUAGUGCUCCCGGUCCAGUCCCUCGAAUCCCUAUGGGCGUAAACCACCGCCGCAACAAACGACAAACGAUGUCACUCUCCCCUGGGACCUAUGCAGAGAACAUAGUUGCAGCAGACUCUAAUGGAGUUGUUGCUGGAGCUUUUCUCAGUGGCGAGGGUUAUUCGGAUAUAGCGGUCCUGAAGAUCAUAUCUUUCAGUAACCCGAGUAGCGACUUGACCGAAAGUGAAUUCGGUACCGAGUUCCAGAAAACCGUUUCUGACUUCCUCAGUCAAUGCAUGAGCGAGAACAAGCAGAAACUCAUCAUCGAUCUACGCGAGAACGGUGGCGGCAGCACAAAUCUACUUCUCGACACUUUCAUGCAGCUGUUCCCCGAAAUGGAGCCUUUCUCCGGACAACGAUACAGGGCUACCGAUGCCUUUGUCAAGAUUGGCGAUGCGGUCAACGAGAUCAGAAGUGAUUCCGUCAAGGCUAGCAGGUAUGCGUCAUUGCUCGAAGAGAGCAUCGAAGAGAGCUACAUGUAUAGGUAUUGGUCAUGGUGGCACUUCCGCAAUGCUGAUGGUGCCGACUUCAAUGGAUGGGAUGACUUCAACGGUCCCGUCGAAUUGAACGGCGACUCAUACACGAAGACGAUGCGGUACAACUAUACCGAUCAAGUGUCCAUCCUCCCCGAAGGCUGGUAUUUCACGAACGGGACACGCCCCACCCCAUUCAAUGCGUCUAACGUCGUCAUGUACACCGAUGCCCUAUGUGGUUCAUCUUGCGCUUCUUUCCAUGAAGAGCUCAAGAAUAUCGCCGGCGUGAAAGCCGUGACAGUCGGUGGCCGCCCACAGAACAAGCCCAUCCAGACUGUGACCGGAUCCAAGGGUGGUGAAGUAACGCCACUGUUAUACUGGCAACAGUACGCCGAAGUCGCAUUGAACAUAAGCACCGCCCUCUCCCUAUCCUCCUACUCUGACAAUGACGCCACCCUCUCCGCUGUCGCCAACGUUCCGCAAGUACUUACACGCGCUGGAGACCAAGCAUCGCGCCUUCAGUCCCAGGACCAGGUCCGAAAAGGUGAUGCUUCUGGAACGCCUCUGCAGUACAUCUACGAAGCCAGUGACUGCAAGAUCUUCUACACUGCGACAACCUACGCUGAUCCUGACGCUGCUUGGAAGCAAGCCUGGGACGCCUUCCAGGAUGACAGCAAGUGUGUGGAAGGCUCUACGGGGCAUGCGAGUUCCAUCUCCGGAGGGUUCAAGGCAUUUGGUCCGGGGGAGCUCAAGGCGGAGGACCAGCCCAAAGGAAGUAAAGGCGGAAGCGGAGGUGAAGGUGGGGAUGACGAAAGCGCUGCGAGCAUUGCAGGAGCGAGUGGCUUGGUCAUUACAGUUGCUGCUAUCGUCAGCGCUAUGAUGCUGUAG